AUCGAAGGUAGGAGUCGAGUUGUAUGUACAAUUAUGUUUGAUAUACAUGAGGAAGUCUCUCUGUUUCUAGCAAAAUCAUCUCAAGGCAUGGCAUCUUGCAUGCAUGUCCGGCUAUCGCUAAUGGCCCUCCUCAUCCUGCUCGUCGCUAGUGGCACCAUAGUCAUUCAACCAGCCCAUGCUGAGGCGACGAUGGUGGCGCACAAUGUCCCAGUGAGCAUCCUGGCGCCAUGCUCACGUACCAGAGACAAGAAUGCAUGCAUUGAGUUCUUGUCGGCCUUCCCAGAGGCCCAGAAGGCGACGACGGUGGCCCCUCUCGCUGAGCUGUACCUACAGGCCAUCGCGAAUAGGACGAUGGAGGGGAAGGAGAUGGCUAGCAAACAACUAGCCAUUGAGAAGGGGAAGGGCGUACCUCCUGUGUGCCUUGAACAAUGCGCCACCAGCAUCGAUGCCAUGUCCAAUGCCCUGGCAUCCUUCUUCUCUACCACCACCAAAAAGGAUGUGGACGACGUCAACAAAAAGUAUAGGGAGAUGGACCGUUUUCUCACGGAGUUUCUACGAAAACCGAUUGCUCGUAAGCAAAUGCCGAUUUGCCAGAGCGUGUGCCCCAUAAGGUCCUGCUCGUUGGAAGAGAUGGCUGUUGCCGACAAGUUCAAAGAAGCCUGGAAGCUGCUCAGUAACGCGGAUGGCCUCAUCACGCAGAUCGUUCCUGCAGUUCAGGACAAAGCCACGAGCUCCUAGAUAUAUAUCUAGCUCAUUUUGAUUUGCUGUCCUAUCUGCCAUCAUUUUGCUUUCAAAAUUGCUUGGUAGGUUGGCAAACCAAACAAACUUCCGAAGCUGAUUGCACUUGUGCACAAGCUGGAUGCUUUUAUUUGCAUAAUAAAAUUUCCUGGUACUAAUUGUUACAUGUCCUUGCUGCGCUUGAAAUUGACAAUGAAACAAACCCGCCUUCAUCGAUUCUACAGUACUAUCUUUCGAGGUGCAAAAA